AUGUCGACAAUUGCUUCCCCCCGUGACCGCUCCGUCACACCUCUUCGUCGCUUGCCCUCGGCUGGCAACACGCCCACAUCGUCCUCGCGACCCUCCCUCGACGGCGGUGCCCCUGCGGCAUCGCCUGCCAGCACGGCCAACCCUGGCCAGGCGGCUGCCCCCAAGCGCUCCAACCGAGCCGCCCUCCGCGAGUAUUACAACAUCAGUGCUGCGGAAUCCACAGAGGCCGCGGCCGCUUCGACGCAGAUAGCACGGAUCGAGGUGCCAGAUUCCGAGGUGCCCGCGAGCGAUCUCGAUGUGGCCGACUUCGACGCCAGCGCGUACGUCGACAAAGUCAUGGCCACCUGCGGCCUCGAGGACCUGCUGCGGCUGUACACCCAGGUUGUCGGCGAGGUGAGGGCGUUGGAUGCGGAGAAAAAGGCGCUGGUGUACGAUAACUACAGUAAACUCAUCGCCGCUACGGAGACGAUCAGAAAGAUGCGCGCGAAUAUGGACCCUCUGAACCCCAUGGCCUCGACGCUCGACCCCGCCAUCGCCCAGAUCUACAGCGAAGCAGCUUCGAUACGAGAUUUGGCGCGCCAGACCGUCCCGCCCCCAGACUCUGACGCGGGCAAGCAGAGAGCCGACAGGGCACGGAGGCAAAGGACAGCAGAGCUCGCCAAGGAGGUUGUCGCCACCCUGCCGCGGUUGCGUGAGCUCGCCAAGCGAGGCAGCCUGGUCGAGGCAAGGAGGCAGUGGGAGCUCCCCAGGCGGCUGCUGGCGUCAUGGAAAGAGAGGGGCGUGGGGGGUGACGACGUGGCGAACCUGAUGGAGGAGGGCGACGCCAUCGUGAGAGCGACCCGGGAGCCGACGAGGGAGCCCGCAACGGAGAGGACAUCGACCAACAGCCGGUAG